GGCAGAUCACAGCCUGAGAACAAGCAGCCAGUGUCGGUGAAUACGAACUGUGUGCGAAAACGAACGCAGGGCAGAUACAAGCUCAGAAAUCCAAUCAGAAGAUAAUAAUUCAAACCAAUAUGUCGAGCAGUGGCCGUCUCUGUCUGCUGGUGGUGGCCGCGUGUCUGCUGGCGCCGGCCGCCGUGUCGGCACAGAUCCAGUUCUCCGAGGACUGGACUCACGGCAAGCGCGACGUGUCGGCACAGCAGCAGCAGCUGCUGGCAGCGGCCGCCGCCGCCGCCGACGGCGCGCCGCGGCCGCCGCUCAGCCUGCUGGACGUGCUCAGCAAGGCGGCGGCGCAGCAGGCCGCCGGCCAGCAGUGCAAGCCCGACGCCGAGGCGCUCGGACUCAUCUACGACCUCAUCAUGAGGGAAGUCGAGAAGGUCAUCAGCUGCAGAACCCAAAACGGAAUGCUGAAACCGGCCUACGCGGCAUAGAAUCGGGAGCGCGCAUAGCUUCUGGUUGAACCAAAGAAGAAACGGCAGUUCCUCGACUCACUCAUUGUCAGGGAGUUUAUUUAUUGUCCCGUCAAGUGGGCCCGGUAUCUAGUGCCGUUUUGCACGGACCAAGUCUGAGGGAAGUCGCAGCGUGCGGUAUCCUGAGCAGCAGCAGCACUGGAGCCUGAACAGUCGCCCGCUGCGUUGUGGAGGAAGGCAAUGCUGUCUGGAAGCCGAGGCGACUUAAGUCACGCACCAAGAGCUGCUGGUGCCGACAGCAGAGUGACGCCCUCGCCGGGUCUGAGUGGCUCGUCCGCGGGGCCAGAAGGGGCCGCUCCUCCGUGCACAUGGAGAGGCUGGUGGCUGCUGUCGUCCAUAUAGGACUGUUACGGGACCGAGUGAACUGUGAUACCUACCCAUUGUCUUUAUCUCGCCUCUCGUUUACAUCCUCCCGUGCUUCAGCAACAUCAAGCUGCCGACGAUGUCUCCUGAAUGGAAUCAUGUUUUUUUCUGGCAGCUGUGUGCAAUUGUUGUUAUUGAUGACGCUUGUGACCAGAACAUUCACUCAUUUUUAGCUUUUCAUGCUUCAUAUCUAGGCGCUAAUGUCAACCAUUAUAGCGUAGCUCGUCUCACUUAUACAUUAGAGGCCUUCCAACACGUUGUACAGACAUCGUGCACUGUUAUUAUUUCCAUCAGAUUAACAUCUCAUGCGUUUUAAGCUAUUUGUAUUUAUUUGUGUAUUUAUUGGUAUUUAUUACCCAUUUUUUACCAUGUGUGAAUGUGAUUGUCGGCCAUCGACAGCUAGCGAUCGGUUAUAUAUUGUUUAGUAUGGACUACUGUGUUCCAAUGAAUAGCGUUGCCAUUAUAAGCACUGCUGUUUUUAUGUCAUAUGCCAUGUUGGCGAGCCAAAUACUCAUGGUAAUAACCGUUUCAAUGUAUGUGUGCUAACAAAUAAAACAUUCGUGUUUCUAAA